GGCAGUCUCUCCCCGUGUGAGCCAGUUUGUUUGUAAGAAGCCUUUUGUGUCCGUGUCACUUUACACCCGCUGGUCGAGGUGAAAAUGGAUGCUUUGCACAGACACCGCGCACUUUAUAAAGGAACUACUCCGCCAUGGAAAGAAACGUACCGCAAGCGAUGUGUGGACCGGCUGCAAAACAGCCGCACGCGGCUUCUGGAGCGAUAUCGCCAGCUGGGAGAGAGUCCGCAGCGGAGCUCCAUCAUCGUCCAGGAGGUGAUGGAGGAGGAGUGGACCGCCCUGCGAUCCGAGGACCGGAGACUACCGUCGCUGUGGGGCCCAGAGGGCAUGGCGGAGAUGUUCAGUGUCACAAAGGAGUACGAUGAGCUCGCGGUACUGGAGGAGAUCCAACAGGAGCUCGUGUCUCACGAAGUGUCAAUUAUUGACGAAUAUGAGCGGAACCUGCUGUUUGAGCAGCAGUACAUAUCGUCUGUUGUGGAGGGGAUGGAGGACUCGUAUAUCAUUUGCCCCAUUUGUCACAUGAACAACCUGAACAUCAACAGUCAUUUUAUCUCCUGCAUCUGUGGACUUUACAUUAACACUAAGAAACGUCACAUCUCCCCCGAUGUCCUGAGGAGUCUCCUGGAGUCCAGAGUGUCGGAGCACAUGGACGACUGUCCCCACAACCCGGUUUUCUCUGUGGCUCCGGACAGCGACUGCUCUCCCAACCUGAUGAUCAGCUGCAGUGUCUGUGACUACCUGUCCAUCGUCCUUUAAAUGCAGAUGCGGCUUUCACGAGUGACUUAACUUGUGAAAUUCGAUUUUUAUUGCGGCGUUCGCUCUGUUUUUGUGAAAUAAAGACAAUUUUUUAUAUGUAAUACAUUAUUUAUGUUUACUUUGUGCCAACCAUUGUUCUGAAGUCUGGCCUGUAAACCGUCUUCAAUAUGUCCUCUAGUCGCAGUAACAGACUACGGGACACUGAGCCAAACGUCCAGCCUUGAAACGCAAAGCUUGGGUUGCGUUUAAGCAGAGAUUUUUAUUACGUUGCAAAAUGUCCCUGUAUUGGAUUUGCCUCUAUAAAGUCAUUUUAACGUACAUUAAGGUUUCUUAUGGUACAUUAAUCUGCAGCGUUAAAGUCCACUCUGUGCAUCCACCCUUUUUGUCUGAUGGAUAAAGUGACAAUGCCAGCAAACAUUUUAAGCAACUUUGACUUGAAUUGAUGCGUGACCUUCAUUUUGCAAUGUAAAUAUUUAGUUGUAAUGCACUGUAGUUGUCUGAAACGCAAUGUUUAACCACUUUCAAGUGUGGAAAUAAAGGUAUAUAGAAUGUA